UUUUUAUCAUGUUUACUGACACUGCACUGUCCAAGUUCUUUUAUCUUUUGUUGUUUUUGGACAGUAACAACGCACCAUGAAGACUGUAGUGUUGUUGGUGUGUUCCUUGUUCCUUAUUGUUGAGGGAAGCAUACUGUUCCCGAACCCAGAUCAGGAGUUUACAAAUUUCAAAAUCAAGUUUAAUAAAACUUACAGGAGCUGGGCAGAGGAAGAGACUAGGUUUGCAGCAUUCAAGAAGAACUUGGACCGGAUUGAGAAGCACAAUGGAGAAAAGCACUCAUGGAAAAUGGGAAUCACCCAGUUUGCUGAUUUAACUAG